UUACACAUUUUUGUUAAAUAUUGAGCUUUUUACAAAAUUAGAAAUGUAUCGCUGAUCCAUCCAAAUUGAUAUUCAAGCGGUAAACUAGUUAGCGCUAUGUGGUCGAACCCGCGAGCACCACUCAAUCCAGAAACCAAAAUAGGUUUUGUCGACAACCUAUAGUUUACUUAAUAAUUCCUGUUUAUCUCUCUCCGAAGAAGAGAUGAUAAAAUCUGUAGGUAUAAUAUAUUGAUGCAACUUCAAUUUUUUUGGCUCACAGCCAAAAACAAUAAAUUAAAAUCAAAAUUAUGCUACGUAUACCACUUCUGAUAGGUACAUCCCCGCGACCUCCACUCCAGAAACCAGAAUUUAAAUAAGAUAUACGUACUGAAAACUGGUCGCGUAACUUGUGGCGUCAACGGGAAUGUUAGGAACUCCGUGUGCUUUCGGCUGUCAGUACUUAGCAGUCAGUCUAGCUGCCACCUAGAGUGAGAAUUUACAUGGACUCAGUGGCAUUAAUACGGCUAACUAUAGUAUAAUUUUUCAAGAAUACAGAAUACAAUUUCGGAACAUUACCUAUAGUAAUUUAUUUUUAUUUUUAAAUAAAACUGAUUCAACGGCGUUCGCGAUGGACCAACGAUCCACAGUUUCGACAGAGCUGAAUUCAAAGAAAAUCAAUAUCAAAGGUUUCGAGAUAAACUACAUGAAAGUUGGAAACGGACCACAUAAAUUGUUGAUAUUUCCUGGAGUACUGGGUGUAGUUCGUAGUUUUGGACCGCUGACGGAAAACCUCAAUGGAGAAAAUUAUACGAUAUACGUAUGGGACCCUCCAGGUUACGGUUUAAGUCGACCACCGAACAGAGAUUUUUCACCGGGGUUUUUAGAUCGCGACGCAGAUUGCGCCAUUGCACUUAUGGAGGCGUUGGGAAUCAACAGGUAUUCGAUGUUGGGCUGGUGCAACGGUGGGUGCACCGCGAUGAUAGCAGCGUCCAGGGCCGCAGAUCGGGUCGAUAAGCUGGUGGUGUGGAGCUGCAACGCUUAUGUCACGGCCAAAGACCUCGAACUCUACAAGAUGACACGUGACGUCCAUGGCUGGCCCGAAGGGAGGAGAAUUACACAAUUCAAAGCGUACGGCGAGAAGUACGUGACGGACACUUGGUCCGGGUGGAUAGACGCGUUCCAGAAAAUUCUCGACGAGGACGACGGAGACGUGUGCCGCGAUGCACUGGCCAAGAUAAACGCACCCACGCUCAUCCUGCACGGUGCAAAAGAUGAUUUCAUACCGGUCGAGCACGGUGUAUAUCUGCAAGAAAACAUAAAGCGAUCGACGUGCCUACCAUUAUAUACUCAUCUGUACGGGAAAUUAUUUUUAUUCUAUUUUAAAAGAUUCUGAUGUAUUUGUUAAUGUCCAAAAGAAAUAAAAACUAUUAUGGCAGUAUGGCCUAUAUACCACUAUCCAUCACUAACUUAAGGAGUUGUGAAGGUAGUAAAGUUGUAUUUUAUUAGGAAAAAGCAAAGAUAGGCAUUAACUACUUAACUAGUUAGUUUAUUUUCUAAUCAACUUAUGAACUUAACUAGUUAAAUUUAUAGUUGAAA